AAACCGUGACUGCCGAGCGUUUGCGGAUGCAACCACGCCCCUUCCGUUGUCGCGUAACCCGUGUCGCCAUCACCCGGAACGCAGCCUCUCGUGGAACCCACGGCCGACUGAGGUUAUACGCCGCACGUUCUUCCGGGAUUCGCCCGACUCCACCCCACAUCUGUCGCGUCGGUGACGCCAUCACUCCCCGCGCCUGUAUGUUGAUUUUUAUUUGGAAUCCUCGGCUAUCGAAAGUUUCCCACCGCAGCUCUUCCGUUCUCUGCCGAGCUCCGCCCCUCUGCCAUCAGUCUCUGCCCACUUCCGGCUCCGCACCUUCUGGUUGCCAUGGCGCCGCUGACGCCGCGGCUACAGCUGAAGGUGGACGAGCUCUUCCGGCGCUGGCUCGGCGAUCCUCACACGCAGCGCGCGCUCAGCCACGCCCUCCGCCGCAUCCGGGACCCAGGGACGACCUCUGACCCCGCCGCCGCCGCGACCCCCGAUGCGGACCCCGGAAACACGACCUCCGACCCUAACCCCGCCUCCCGACCGCUGCCGCGGCCCGCGCUGAGAACGACGGGACCCAGGACGCCACGCCCACCGCGGACAGCUGUCCGACCAUGGGCGGAGUCACGUGAACCGCAGCGACCCCGUGGGAGAGAAAAGGAAAAGCACAGACCCGAGGGAGGACAGAACCGCGGGUGAACCCCACGGUGACCCAGGUGACGUCAUGACCGCGCUGCAGGGUCGCGGAUCGCGCUGAGCGCGGCCCUCGCGAAUCGCCCGGGUCCCCGGGGUCGCAGGCCACACCCACGGAUUCGCAGGCCGGGCCCUACCCUGCUCGAGCCACGCCCACCAUGCCGGAGCGCCCGCCCAUACGAGCCCUGCGCCGCGACCCUGACGACCCAGCGGUGCGCCAGGCUCUGGCGUCGCUGGCUCGGGGCAGCGAUCUGGUGUUUCCGUCGCGCUUCCAGAAGUGGCUGCGGGACUUCCGGCAGGUCCAUGCCCACAGGAAGGAGGAGCCCCCGCCCCAGUCCCCACCCCCUGGCCACAGCGUCCCCGCCUUCUACUUCCCUUGCGGUCGACCCCCGCCCCGUCCCCAGGACACGGAGGAUGCCAUCGCCCUCGUGGAGUGCGCGUUCGAGGGGCUGCCUCGUGGGAGGGCGGGUCUGGGCGACAUGGCCGUGGUUGCCAAGGCCUGUGGCUGCCCUCUGUACUGGAAGGCCCCGCUGUUCUACGCUGCGGGCGGCGAGCGCACAGGCUCUGUAUCCGUGCACAUGUUCGUAGCUAUGUGGCGCAAAGUCCUGCUGACCUGCCAUGAUGAUGCUGCGCGGUUCGUGCGGCUGCUGGGCCACCCCGGGUGUAGUGGCCUCAUCCAGGAGGACUUUGUGCCCUUCCUGCAGGAUGUGGUGAACUCGCACCCGGGCCUGGCCUUCCUGAGGGCAGCGAAGGACUUCCACUCACGUUACAUCACCACAGUGAUUCAGAGGAUCUUCUACACAGUAAACCGGUCAUGGUCAGGGAUGAUCUCGCGUGAGGAGCUAAGGCGCAGCAGCUUCCUGCAGGCUGUGUCACAGUUGGAGGUAGAGCCUGACAUCAACCGCAUGACGUCGUUCUUCUCUUAUGAGCAUUUCUAUGUCAUCUACUGCAAGUUCUGGGAGCUCGACCUCGACCGCGACCUCACCAUUGACAGGAGCGACCUCGCACGCCAUGGGGACGGGGCCAUCUCCUCCAGAAUGAUUGACCGCAUCUUCUCAGGGGCCGUCACCAGGGCGAGGCUGCCCCGAAAGGUCGGGAAGCUGAGCUACGCAGACUUUGUAUGGUUCCUGCUCUCCGAGGAGGACAAGACUACGCCCACCAGCACCGAGUACUGGUUCCGUUGCAUGGACCUGGACGGUGACGGCGCUCUCUCCAUGUUUGAGCUCGAGUUCUUCUAUGAGGAGCAGGCCCAGCGCAUGGCCGCCCGGGGUGUGGAGCCCCUCCCCUUCCACGACCUUGCACGCCAGGUGCUCGACCUCGUCGCCCCGCGCUGCCCCGGCCGGAUCACGCUGCGCGACCUGAAGCAGUGCGGCCUGGCGGGUGAGUUCUUCGACGCCUUCUUCAACGUGGACAAGUACCUGGCACGGGAGCAGCGCGAGCAGGCGGGGACUCCGCAGGACACUGACUCCGACCCCGCGGCAUCUGCCUGGGACAGGUAUGCCGCCGAGGAGUACGACUUCCUCGUGGCCGAGGAGGCCAUGGCAGAGGACGACGACGACCAUGACGAAGGGUCCGACCCCAUAGAUCUCUACGGCCUUGCUGACGAGGACUGCGACGACCUGGAGCCUCUGUGACGCCCUACUGUGCGCCCAGGAACUGCGCACUUGUGCCUCCCAGUGAUCCCUCCCAAGGCAGGGGUGACAUCGGGGGCUCGGGGUGUGACCUCCUCCCCGUGGCCUGCAGCCCUGCUGUGUGCAGGGUGCCUCACACAUGACGUUUGUGGGUUUGUUUUUUUUUUAAUAAAAAGUUUGAUUUGUUUUUUCACCCUGGGGUGCACAGUCAGGCUCUCAGGGGUGGGCAACACGGUGGGCGGUGGGCAGUCAGGCCAACCUCCCGCGAUCCCUCAGGAGAAUGACACGCCCACUUCCUGUUUAGGACACACACCCCACUUCCAGUGUGAGACUCCCAUUUCCCACACUUUUCCUCUUGUUCUCAUUGACAUACAUGCCCCGCCCACUCAUUAGCAUGAAGCUGUUCUCUAUGGUCCAGCUUCUUAUUAGCAUAGCCCCGCCCACCUGUUAUGCUUUAGGUUUUCUCUGCAGGAAGGCCACCUCAGUAGCAUAAAGCUCAUUAGUAUGUGCAGGUCCAUUUACAUGCACACCCUGCCCCUCAUUAGCAUACUCAUUAGUAUGCAUAAAUGGCAUGAACAUAACAGGGUCGGGGUCAGGUAGGGUUGAGUUAGGUUAGUGGUACAUGUGUACAUGUAUGUUGUGUGUGUAAGUAUCCACAUGUUUGCUGCGUAUGUAAAUAGAGCAUUGUACGAUAGAACAUGGCCCAUUGUCAACUUUUAAUUCCUACGAAUGACAGAACUUAAAACAUCACCUUUCUCCAUUCUGACCACAGCAGUGUGUUUUCCAGAAGAAUGGUCGACACUUAGUAGGGUUCAGUGGUCACAAAUAGAUGAGCGGUAUCAUCGCGACCCCUUCUGACCAAAGGCGGUCACGUGUUUGUCCUGAUGCAAUGAGGACACAGAGGUCAGGUGUGCGGUGCCACCUUGCGGAAGAAAGAAGUCAGCGCAUCUGAGCCGUCCUCUCCCACGGUAGCUGUGGGGGCUUUGUGUCCAUGAGUGGGAGGAGGACUGAGUCGCCCACACCACAAGGCUCCUUUCUCAACAGAAACCCAGUCUCACUUUUAAAGGAAAUGGACACUUGAUUUCCUGUAAGAUUCGUGCGCAUCCCUCAAUCCAGCAAAAAUCCAUAGGUAGGACUCUCAGUCUCAUGAAAAUGGUUGGCGACCCGGGGCACUGAACGCCAUUUGACAACUCGGUCCAGCGUCUUCCAUCUAAUCCAACGGAACAAUGCCUCGAAAUAUCCACCUAAAAUUCAUGUCAGAUGUCAUGAGUCAUCCAAGCUAAUGGCAUAGUUUAUAAAAUGCCCUAGCGAGCACUUGGUUGUUUGUGGUUGCAGGACACGAAGAAGAAAGGGCCUGUCUUGGUGGUGGCCCACUGUUUGUUAAAAGCUCAGGUAGGAGGGCAGAAGCAGGUAGAUAUCGGAGUAGAACAUCCUAGUUUGUAUACAUAGUUCCAGGCUAAAUACAAACAGAAACAAAUCUUUGAUUACCAAAUAUAAUUUUCAGUAAUUGACACCCAAAAUGAACAUGUCAUUGCAGAUGUGUGUCCCUUCUGAGUGCAGUGUAAGAUCAAACUUAUCAUGCCAAGAUAACAUUCAUGAGAAAAUAAACCAGGGACACCAAGGAGAUUAGAACAGCAGUAAUAGUCCUGGAGUAAUGGUCCUGUGGUUAAGAGUACUGGCAAUUGUUCCCAAGGUCCUGAGUUCAAUUCCCAGGAACCACAUGGUGCCUCACAAUCAUCUACAGUGAGAUCUGGUGCCCUCUUCUGACCUGCAGGCAUGCACACAGGCAGAAUGCUGUAUAUAUAAUAAAUCUUUUAAAAACUAAAAAAGUAAUUAUGUUUGGAAAGCUACAUUCAUUUUAUUUAGAAAGUACAACUAUGCCAGGCAGUGGUGGCGCACGCCUUUGAUCCCAGCACUUGGGAGGCAGAGGCAGGCGGAUUUCUGAGUUCGAGGCCAGCCUGGUCUACAGAGUGAGUUCCAGGACAGCCAGGGCUACACAGAGAAACCCUCCACACUGCCACACUGUUCCCAACAAGGCCACAACUCCUAAAAGUACCACUAUACUCCUCUGCAAUCUCUCAGGACUUUAACUUUUUCUGACCUACUCUUUUCAUUUUUCUCUUUCACAAAAUAUGUGUUCUAUCAUUUUAUUGAAAUAUUCUAGAACCCAACAUUAGUGCAUUACCUUCUAUGGAUACUCUAAUUUAAAUACACAUCUAUGAAGAUUCAGUGUUACCAUCCACAUAAGACACAACACGUGGUAUUUGUCUUUCUGGGUCUGGGAUAUAUCACUCAGAAUAAUUAUGUCUCUGUCCAUUAAUCUGUAAAUUUGAUUUUUUUGCACAGCUCAUUUCCAUUGUGUAUAUGAACCAUAUAUUCAUUAUCCUUUCAUCAAUUACAUUACAUCUGGGUUGUUUGGAUUUCCUGUUUUGAAUAAAGUAGCAAGAAACAUGAA